AUGAGUGCCUCCAUACGGCCUUUUGACUAUGCUGCUUCUUUACAAAAGCAUGCAAUACCCGAAGGCGAGUAUCUCAGCCAACACCAAGACGUCCACAUAAUAUGUACUGGUGCGGUUGUGUUCAACGAUGAAGGGAAAAUUCUCCUCGUCCAGCGUGCCAAGGACGAAAAGGCAUUUCCAGACGCAUGGGAAAUCCCAGGUGGAAAGAUGGAUGGUACCGAUGAGACCAUCCUGCACGCAGCAGCACGCGAACUGAAGGAAGAGACGGGCCUCACAGCAACUCGAGUGGUCAGGCAGGUAGCUCAGUUCACGUUCUCUGACGGUUGGGGAGAUCGCCCAACCAAGACGUGGCUCAAGCUGAUCUUUCAGUUCGAGGUCGAGGACGCAGAGGCCGUUGUUCUGGACCCCAUCGAGCAUCAAAGCUACCUCUGGGCGUGUGAGGAAGAGGUUGUGAAGGAUCUUGUUGCCGAGAGGAGCACGCCUCUGAGGUACAUCUCGCAGCAGAACAAGGACGUUAAGCUAGAGGCGUUCAAGCUACAGCGAGAAGCAGCAGCAGCUUGA